AUGGCUACAGUCGUCUCCGAUAGUGCAGUUCAUGCUGGCACCUCAACCGGUUCGGGAUACUCCAAAACUUCACGCCGACAAUACCAAGCAUGUGAUCAGUGCCGCAAGAGCAGAAGAGCAUGCGACGCGGGCGCCUUGAGAGUGGUCAAUUUCCCAUUUCGUGAGAACGAUCAACUCGACCCGUCUGCCUCGACAUGUGAAGCCUGCUCAAACUGUGCAAGAACAAGCAAGACGUGUACAUUCGACUGGCUCCGAACGCUUCCUCUUCAAGGAUUACCAAAAGGCGUGAAGAGAAAGUUGGAAUCGACCGGUCUUCCCGAAUGCAUUACCAAACCGGCAACGCUGCCAGAGAUCAACCCUCAAACUACAUAUUCUAACGGCUAUUCAUCAUUCGCGGAUGCCAUUAGCUAUCCACCACUCGCGCCAAACUCCCAGACCUUCAACAACACUGCUCAGAGUGGGAUUAAUGAGUCCUACGAUUCAACUUAUGUUAGGAACGGCGACUUCACGAAAGGUUCGGCGGCGUCGGGGCUGCUUUACCGUGGAGAUUUGCACCGUAGCCUAAAUGCACCUUCGAUUGCUCCAAUGCCAAAUGGCACGGCGGCUCCCGUACUGCCUGUUGUCAGCGAUGUUCCCCUCUCGAAUCAAUCCUCUUCAAGAGAAAACGCAACCCACGAACGAUGGAAUGGCCUAGGGCUCAUUCGUCACGACUCGUCGUCUACCUCACCUGCUUCCAACUCCAACUACUCCAGCAAUACAACUUCCAAGAACGAGUCGUCUCCGAGUCUGACUUCUUUUAGUUCCGAGACUAGCUGCGAGGACGAAGCCGCCCAAUCUGAUUCAUUGCCACCACGCAACAAACGUACCAGAAACACCCACGGUUAUUGCUACUCGACCUCGACUGAUCGGGGUUCGCCCGAAAGCACGCGACCCAAGGCACCACCGAAUGGCUCGGCGCUCUCAUCAAAUGGCAUUCGGCAAACCACAGCUCCCCUGUCGACUCGUCAACUCCAUUUCGCCGAUGCAGCAAUGAAGUCGAUGAUUGCAAGUGGCCUACUACGCAUCUACCACGACAGCUUUGAGAACUCCUUGUCGUGUUGGGUGACGGAGAAGAAUUGUCCGUACGAGACUGAGCUUCAAGACCUCAUACCAUACGCAAGCCCUGCCUCGACAGCCGAAGAAGCCGCACUUCGUCUGGGCGACAACCGAAUCUUCUCGCGCGUCUCGCGUCUGGAUUCCGCAUUCUCCCUUUUGAGGGGACGCGAAUUGUCCGUCAUGGAGAACCGUGCCGCCACGAAGGCACUUAAUGCUGCUAUCAUGGCGUUUGCCAGCCAGUGGUCCCACGGCUCCCAUAAUUCGUUUUGGAAAAGCAAGGAAGGCAUGUCGCAAAUGAAGGCAUGUCAAACCCACAUGACGGGCUUGUUCUCGCGAUCAGGGCAGUCCAACGAGCCGAUGCUGUCUAGUGAAUGCGAACGAAUUAUCCAAAAGACCCUCUGGCACGAGGCGAAAACCGCCAUCCAGUCCAGCUCCGAAAUCGACUCUUUCAAGGUGAUCCUUGCGUAUAUGAUCUUCGCCCUUACCCAGAGACCGAUCGACGGAAAGCCAGACGCGCAGACCUCGCCGGCAGACUCUUCGACGAACAGCCGUCGAGGCUCGGAGAACUCCUCCCUUUAUGAACCUUUCACGCAAUGCGCAGAUCCUGCCAUGGGCACAAUAGUCAACGAAGAGUGGAAUCCCUUUUACGCAAGUGAUCUCGAGGCACUGGCGUCCCCACCCAUCUAUCUCGAAACGGCAGUUCGAAAUUUAUUCUCGUGGAGGCGCAAGAUUGAGCGCUACCGGAGGCUGCGAUCGAAAGCGAACGGUGACUGCGGGCAUGGAUCUAUGGGCGCUCUCGCCCUCAAGGACCACCAGACGUUCAACCUCCUGUUUUGGCUCGGCGUCAUGUGCGAUACGACUUCAUCAGCUAUUAGCAGACGUCCAUUGGUGAUUCCGGAUGAGGACUGCGCCAUGAUUCGGGAAGAUAUUGACGACUUUGGAGGCGACUGUCAUGACGAUCACGAGGAGUAUUUAUCCUGCCAUAAAAGCCCCGACCACGAUAAACGCGCUUUGUGGGGAGACUACCUCCUGAACUUCAAGUGGGCAGGCCCCCGAAAAACACAGCCACGGUGGCCCUGCAAGUUUGAUGAGGCGGCUCUGGUGCUUCAGGAAGCGAUCCCGGUCAAAGUCCUCAUGUUUCGCAAAGUGGCGCAGCUACAGAUGUUGGCAUUCCGUCGGACCUCACCUCAGGAACUCGAAAAGUGCAUUCAGGAGGCUCUCGAGGUCUACAAACAGUGGAAUAAAACAUACGGCCCGUUCAUGAACGACUGUGUCAGCCAACACAACUCCCUCGAACCGCACGUACAAUCAUGGUACGUCAUUUUAGACGGGCACUGGCACUACGGAUGCCUGCUACUGGCAGACACGAUCGCUCAGAUCGACCGUGAAGAAAAGACGAUGGAGCCUCAACGUAGGCUACGAACUACCUGCCACCUGAUCACAGAGCUGCGGCAUGAUAAUGCGUGCGCGAUCGCAAAAAUUGCACAGGCAUCGCUGUCCGAACACAAACCGUCUGUGCGUGACAACUCGGAAUUCCACUUUGUUUGCAACGGCAGCGCCAUUCUCACCGAGCCCUGGACAGACAUUCUUGUCCGCGCAAUGGGGAGCGCUUGUAAAGUUUUCAUCACCUGGCUGCUGGGUUGGGAUAAUCCUGCGAAUCCGAAUUACAAAUGGGUUCAUGCGCACACAGACUACCAGGGUCUCUACGACCAAGCAGAGGCGUGUAUCCAAGGUAUGACGCUGCUGGGUCGAAAAUCCGACGCGGCAAAUUACACAGCAGAAACGUUCUGGGCGAGGUUAAACCAGGUCUGCUCGAGCCGACGAUCUUCGGCUGAGUUGUUCCAAGAUUAA